AUGGAUCAAAGGAAGAAUGAGAGUAUUGUUCCUAGUAUCACUCAAUUGGAAGAUUUUCUUACAGAACACAAUUCCAAUGUUGUUUGGCUUCUUGUUGCUACCAUUUUGUCCUGUGGAUGGAUUAUUUAUCUCACGUAUUAUAAUUCUCGGAAUGUUGGUCUUAUUUUAACACUGGUUCUUAACAGAUUAUACAAGCAUGGCUAUAUCCAUAUUGGCUCCUUUUCUUUCUCUGUUCUUUCUGGAAAAGUCAUGGUUCGUGAAAUCUAUUACAUUACAGAAGACAUGUCUAUUAGAAUUCAAGAUGGAUUUAUAAUUUUUCGGUGGUGGAAAAUGUAUAACCCAAAGCAGAAGCAACAUGAUCCAAAGGCAGAAACUAGAUUAUACAUCACAGUCAAUGACUUUGAAUUUCAUGUCUAUAAUCGUUCGGAUCUUUAUGGACGUCUUCAAGAAUUGUUUGGUUUGGAGCCAACAAUAAUUCCACCCAAGAAAGAAGAUGAUAAAACACGAGAAAAUGGAAGAACAAGAACCCAGUCCAAAAUUGAAAGAGUUAAAGUAAAAACAGAAUCUCAAGACCCCACAUCUUCAUGGAGAUCACUUAUUCCAGUCAUAAAGGUCAAUGUGAGCACAGGACGCUUGGCCUUUGGAAAUCAUUACCAACCUCAAACUCUGUGCAUCAACUUUGAUGAUGCUUUCUUAACCUAUACUACAAAACCACCUUCCAGUCAUCUUGACCAGUUCAUGCAUAUUGUGAAGGGAAAGCUUGAAAAUGUUCGAGUCAUGCUUGUUCCUAGUCCAAGAUAUGUUGGUCUUCAAAAUGAUGAACCACCAAGAUUAAUGGGAGAAGGUUUUGUGGUGAUGCAGUCGAAUGAUGUUGACAUCUACUAUUACAUGGAUGAGCCAGGACUUGUUCCAGAAGAAACAGAAGAAACUGUUGAAGGAGAAAUGAGCAGUGAGGAUUGCAAAUUACAAGAUUUGCCUCCCUGUUGGGGACUGGAUAUAGUUUGUGGUAAAGGAACAGAUUUCAACUAUGGGCCAUGGGCUGAUAGGCAGAGAGAUUGUUUAUGGAAGUUCUUCUUCCCUCCUGAUUAUCAAGUUCUGAAAGUCUCUGAAAUUGCACAGCCUGGGAGACCAAGACAGAUCCUUGCUUUUGAACUACGAAUGAAUAUUAUUGCAGAUGCUACAAUUGACUUGCUGUUUACCAAAAAUAGGGAAACAAAUGCUGUACAUGUAAAUGUAGGAGCUGGCUCAUAUUUAGAAAUUAAUAUUCCAAUGACAGUCGAGGAAAAUGGUUACACCCCUGCAAUUAAAGGACAACUCUUACAUGUUGAUGCCACUACCAGCAUGCAAUACCGGACUCUUUUAGAAGCAGAAAUGUUAGCAUUUCACAUCAAUGCCAGCUACCCCCGAAUAUGGAACAUGCCACAGACAUGGCAGUGUGAAUUAGAGGUUUAUAAAGCCACCUACCACUUCAUCUUUGCACAGAAGAAUUUCUUCACAGAUUUAAUUCAAGACUGGUCAAGCGAUAGUGCUCCAGACAUUUUUUCAUUUGUUCCAUAUACAUGGAAUUUUAAAAUCAUGUUUCAUCAAUUUGAAAUGAUUUGGGCAGCUAAUCAGCACAAUUGGAUUGACUGUUCCACUAAACAACAGGAAAAUGUGUACCUAGCAGCCUGUGGGGAAACACUAAACAUUGAUUUCUCUUUGCCGUUUACGGACUUUGUUCCAGCUACAUGUAAUACCAAGUUCUCUUUAAGAGGAGAAGAUGUUGAUCUUCAUUUGUUUCUACCAGAUUGCCACCCUAGUAAAUAUUCAUUGUUUAUGCUGGUAAAGAAUUGCCACCCAAAUAAAAUGACUUAUGAUACUGGUAUUCCUGCUGAAUGUCAAAGUGGCCAGAAAACAGUUAAACCAAAAUGGCGGAACAUUACUCAAGAAAAGGCUGGUUGGGUUGAAUGCUGGACUGUCCCAAGUGUCAUGCUUACAAUUGAUUACACAUGGCAUCCAAUUUAUCCACAGAAAGCAGAUGAACAGCUAAAACAGUCAUUGUCAGAAAUGGAAGAAACAAUGCUAUCUGUAUUAAGGCCAUCCCAGAAAACAGACAGAGUUGUUUCUUCUCCCUCUACUUCUUCACGUCCACCUGUUGAUCCCUCAGAGCUUCCACCUGAUAAGCUUCAUGUAGAAAUGGAACUUUCUCCAGAUUCUCAGAUAACUCUCUAUGGACCUCUAUUAAAUGCCUUUCUAUGUAUAAAGGAAAACUACUUUGGGGAAGAUGACAUGUAUAUGGAUUUUGAAGAGGUUAUUUCAAGUCCUGUUCUGUCACUGUCAACAUCAUCCAGCUCUGGGUGGACUGCUGUUGGGAUGGAAAAUGACAAAAAAGAAAAUGAAAGUUCAGCCAAGUCAAUUCAUCCGCUUACCUUGCGUCCUUGGGAUAUUACUGUACUUGUUAAUUUGCACAAAGUUCACGGGCGUCUUCCUGUUCAUGGAACUACUGAUGGCCCUGAGUGUCCUACAGCUUUUUUGGAAAGACUAUGUUUUGAAAUGAAAAAAGGAUUUAGGGAGACCAUGCUGCAACUUGUCCUGUCACCCCUGAAUGUGUUUGUCAGUGAUAACUAUCAGCAGCGACCCCCUGUGGAUGAAGUGCUCAGGGAAGGUCACAUCAGUUUAUCAGGUCUCCAGCUGAGAGCACAUGCUAUGUUCUCAGCAGAAGGUCUUACUUUGGGAAGUGAUUCCUUAGAAUACGCAUGGCUAAUUGAUGUGCAGGCUGGAAGCCUUACAGCUAAGGUCACAGCACCACAGCUGGCUUGUCUCUUGGAGUGGGGACAGACAUUUGUUUUUCAUGUCGUUUGUCGGGAGUAUGAACUGGAAAGACCAAAAUCAGUAAUAGUAUGUCAGCAUGGAAUUGAUCGUCGGUUCUGUGAAUCCAAGUUGAGUUGUAUUCCUGGGCCUUGUCCAACUUCAGAUGAUUUGAAGUAUACUAUGACUCGUUUAGCAGUAGAUGGAGCUGACAUUUAUAUUGUGGAGCAUGGCUGUGCUACAAAUAUAAAGAUGGGUGCAAUUCGGGUUGCAAACUGUAAUCUCCACAAUCAGUCGGUUGGGGAAGGAAUAAGUGCUGCAAUUCAGGAUUUUCAAGUGAGACAGUACAUUGAACAAUUGAAUAAUUCCAGAGUUGGACUUCAGCCUGCAGUACUACGGAGGGCCUACUGGCUUGAAGCUGGGUCAGCCAACUUAGGACUUAUUACUGUUGAUAUUGCGUUAGCUGCUGAUCAUCAUUCUAAACAUGAGGCGCAAAGACAUUUCUUAGAAACUCAUGAUACCAGAACUAAGAGGUUGUGGUUUUUGUGGCCAGAUGAUACACUGAAGAAUAAGAGGUGUAGGAACAAGUGUGGUUGUCUUGGUGGCUGCAGAUUCUUCGGCGGCACAGUAACUGGCCUAGAUUUCUUCAGACUUGAAGAGUUGACACCUUCCAGUAGCUCUGCAUUUUCAAGCACGAGUGCAGAGUCUGAUAUGUAUUAUGGACAGUCUCUGCUACAGCCUGGAGAAUGGAUCAUUACUAAAGAAGUUCCCAAAAUUGUAGAUGGUAAUGUGAAUGGCAUGAAGAGGAAAGAAUGGGAAAACAAAUCAGUGGGAAUAGAAGUAGAGAGAAAAACUCAGCACCUUAGUCUUCAAGUACCAUUACGAUCUCAUAGCUCAUCCUCUUCUUCAGAAGAGAAUAGUAGUUCUAGUGCUGCACAGCCUCUACUGGCUGGUGAAAAGGAAAGUCCCUCUUCUGUUGCCGAUAAUCAUUUGGUUCAAAAAGAAUUCCUGCAUGGUACGAAAAGAGAUGAUGGCCAAGUAAGCAUUCCUACAGAAAUUUCAGGAAAUAGCCCUGUGUCUCCUAAUACUCAGGAGAAGUCAGUAGGUCAGUCUCCUCUGAGAUCUCCCUUGAAACGACAAGCCUCUGUAUGUUCCACCCGACUUGGAAGUACCAAGAGCCUUACUGCUGCUUUUUAUGGGGACAAGCAGCCUGUUACGGUUGGAGUCCAGUUUAGUAGUGAUGUCUCCCGAAGUGAUGAAAAUGUACUAGACUCACCAAAGCAGAGAAGAAGUUUUGGUUCAUUUCCAUAUACACCAUCAGCAGACUCUAAUUCAUUUCAUCAAUACCGAUCAUUGGAUUCCAGCAUGUCAAUGGCUGAUAGUGAAGCCUACUUUUCUGCAGCUGAAGAAUUUGAGCCCAUUAGCAGUGACGAAGGCCCUGGAACUUAUCCAGGUAGAAAAAAGAAGAAAAAGCAGGCCCAGCAGAUUGACUACAGUAGGGGUUCCAUAUAUCACAGUGUAGAAGGACCACUUACUGGCCAUGGAGAAAGCAUUCAGGAUCCCCAGACUCUGCCAUUCAAAGCUCAUCCUUCCCAGGCUUCCUUUGUUUCUGCAUUAGGUGGAGAGGAUGGUGUUAUAGAGCAUCUGUAUGUUGUAGAAAGUGAGAAAACAGUAGAGAGCGAACAGAUUACUUCUCAACAACCUGUGAUGAAUUGCUAUCAGACUUACCUUACACAAUUCCAAGUAAUUAAUUGGUCAGUGAAGCAUCCAACCAACAAAAGAACCUCUAAGUCCUCAUUGCAUCGCCCCCUCGAUCUGGAUACACCAACCAGUGAAGAAAGCUCAUCAUCAUUUGAACAGCUUUCUGUUCCAACUUUUAAGGUUAUCAAACAAGGGCUCACAGCUAACUCUUUACUAGACAGAGGAAUGCAGCUUUCAGGAUCAACUUCAAAUACACCAUAUACUCCUCUGGAAAAGAAAGCUGUUGAUAACACAGAUAAUGAAACAUUAACAGAAGAGUGGACCUUGGAUCAACCAGUCUCUCAGACCAGAACAACAGCCAUAGUUGAAGUAAAAGGAACCAUUGAUAUUGUUCUGACUCCCCUAGUGGCUGAAGCUUUAGACAGGUAUAUUGAAGCCAUGGUUCAUUGUGCUAGCACUAGACAUCCAGCUGCAAUUGUGGAUGAUCUACAUGUCAAAGUCCUCAGGGAAGCUGUCCAAAAUAGCAAGACUACCUUCUCAGAAAAUCUAUCUUCCAAACAGGAUGUUAGAGGAACAAAAACUGAACAUUCUACCAUAGGAAUGACUAACCAAGGACAAGCACAGACAAAUCUUAUAAUGAAGCAAGAUAAUGUAAAAAUUAAAGGUCUUCAGGCUAAUGUUAGCAUACCAAAGGUGAACUUAUGUUUGUUACAAGCCUCAGUGGAAGAAUCUCCGAGUACGGCUCCUAGUAGAAGUGUGACUCAUGUUUCCUUAGUAGCACUGUGUUUUGACAGAAUUGCUACACAAGUUCGUAUGAACAGAGGUGUGGUUGAAGAGACUUCAAACAGUGCAGACCCUGGUAGAACAUCAAAUUUUGAUAGGUAUGUUCAUGCCACUAAGAUGCAGCCUCAGUCAUCAGGAUCUCUCAGAUCAAAUGCUGGAGCGGAAAAAGGCAAAGAGAUUGCAGCCAAGUUAAACAUUCAUCGAGUUCAUGGGCAACUGAGGGGUCUUGAUACAACAGAUAUUGGUACCUGUGCCAUCACUGCUAUCCCCUUUGAGAAGUCCAAAGUUUUAUUUACUCUUGAAGAGUUGGAUGAGUUUGCUUUUGUGGAUGAAACUGAUCAGCACGCUGUUCCAGAUGUAACUCGAAUAGGUCCCAGCCAAGAAAAAUGGGGUUGGAUAAUGUUUGAAUGUGGACUUGAAAAUUUAACCAUAAAAGGAGGAAGACAGUCUGGUGCUGUUUUAUAUAAUACUUUUGGAAUUAUGGGUAAAGCUAAUGUCACGGAAAGGGGUGGAGUGCUGACAUCCAAUAAUUCUUCUGAUUCUCCAACUGGCAGCGGCUAUAAUACUGAUGUCUCUGAUGAUAAUAUUCCUUGUGACCGAACAAGCCCUUCUUCAGACUUAAAUGGAAAUUCUGUUUCCGAUGAACAAGAUGAAGGAGUUGAAUCUGAUGAUUUGAAAAAAGAUCUACCUUUAAUGCCUCCACCUCCAGAUUCCUGUAGCAUGAAGUUGACCAUCAAGGAAAUUUGGUUUAGUUUUGCAGCUCCCACCAAUGUGAGAUCUCCUGCACAUGCAUUUUCUAGGCAGCUAAACCUUUUAAGCACUGCAACUCCAGCUGUUGGUGCAUGGCUUGUUCCCAUUGAUCAACUCAAGUCAUCCUUAAACAAAUUAGAAACCGAGGGAACCUUGAGAAUUUGUGCUGUUAUGGGAUGCAUAAUGACAGAAGCAUUAGAGAAUAAAAGUGUACAUUUUCCCUUAAGAAGUAAAUACAACAGACUUACAAAAGUUGCCCGCUUUCUCCAAGAAAAUCCUUCAUGUUUACUGUGUAAUAUACUACAUCACUACCUGCACCAGGCAAAUUACUCCAUCAUUGAUGACGCUACGAUGAGUGAUGGCCUUCCUGCUUUGGUAACUUUAAAGAAAGGUUUAGUUGCACUGGCAAGGCAGUGGAUGAAGUUUAUUGUAGUGACACCAGCCUUUAAAGGAGUGAGUUUACACCGACCCACUCAGCCCCUGAAACCUCAGUCAGCUGUGGACCACGAUCAUGAAGAUGGGCUUGGGCUGGACAACGGAGGUGGUCUUCAAAGUGACACCAGUGCUGACGGAGCAGAAUUUGAAUUUGAUGCAGCCACAGUCAGUGAACACACAAUGCUGCUGGAGGGAACAGCCAACCGGCCUCCACCUGGUAGUUCUGGACCUGUAACUGGAGCUGAGAUAAUGAGGAAACUAUCUAAGACUCAUACCCAUAGUGACUCUGCAUUAAAAAUAAAGGGCAUUCACCCGUAUCAUUCUCUGAGCUAUACCAGUGGUGACACUGCCACAGAUUCUCCGGUGCAUGUGGGACGUACAGGCGUGCCAGUUAAGGAGAGUCCAAGGAAGGAGAGCCUACUCAGCUACCUGACUGGAAGCUUCCCAAGCUUGCACAACCUCCUGGAAGGGACCCCUCAAAGAAGUAAUGCAGUGGUGAAAAGUAGCUCCCUAACGAGAACAGGAAACACAAUGGCCACUGAUAUGUUAUCUGAACACCCUUUGUUAUCUGAGCCAUCAUCUGUGAGUUUCUAUAAUUGGAUGUCAAAUGCUGUGGGUAAUCGAGGAAGUGUGGUGCAAGAAUCUCCUGUUACAAAAUCAGGACACAAUAGUCUCCCAACAGGUGUUGCACCCAAUCUUCCUACAAUACCCUCAGCCUCAGAUUUCAACACUGUCUUGUCUAGUGACCAGAAUACUUUGGAUGGGACACAUUCUCAGCAUAGCACUAGUCAGGAUGAUGUGGUAGGUGUAGAAGAAGCCAACCAAGGGUUUCCUGCUGUACAGCUUGCUGAUGCUCAGGUUGUUUUCAAACCUCUUCUGAGUCAUACAGGGAUCCAGUCACAGGAUGCAAUGCCUCUCUGCUACCGAAUGUACUUCGGAGAACACCUCUCAUUUUCAGGAACUUUGGACUGCCUUAGAGCAGAUAUCGUGGAUUCAGAUACAGCCAAAGAGAGAAAAGGGAAAAGAGCAAGAAGGCAAGGCCAUGUGAAUCUUCCUCCACUUGAGUUCAAACCAGCAUUGAUGUUGGAAACCUUUAGCAUCAGCGCUGUUGUAAUGGAAAAGUCUGUGUGCACCCCUCAGAACUCUACCAGUGCUCUUUCUUUUCAUGAUCUCAACAAGCGUUAUUACAAUACCUUUCACUGCAACUUUACUAUUUCCUGUCAGUCAAUAAGCCAGCAUGUAGAUAUGGCUUUAGUUCGUCUUAUUCAUCAAUUUAGUACGAUGAUAGAUGACAUCAAAGCGACUCAGACUGACAUUAAACUUAGCAGAUAUACAGCUGGAUCAGCUUCUCCAACGCCUACCUUCAAAACCAGAAAACAUCGGGAUUUUCGCUCAUCUGACUUCAGCCGCAGUUCUAGAGGAAGUCUUAAUGGUGGCAAUAGAGUAAAUAAUGCAAAGAACAAACGGACCAACAAUGAGAACAACAAAAAGGAGUCUCGAAACAAAAAUUCAUUAGGAAGAUCUGAAAGAAGAACUUCAAAGGUGUCUAGGAAAGGUUCAAAAGACGUGGUGGAUCAUAUGACUAUCCAUAUGGAUGACUCUGACUCAAUUACAGUGUCAGAACAAAGUGAGCCUUCAGCUGAGUGCUGGCAGAAUAUGUAUAAAUUGCUUAACUUCUAUUCACUUAUCUCUGAUCCAACAGGAAUACUGGAAAAAUCUUCAGAAACAUUUGGACCAGCAGGAGUCCGGAGCCCUACAGAGCCAACGUGUAAAGUUGUGUUUGAGAAUGAACAAGACAGGAACAGUUUGAGUAGGACGCAGAGGAAGCGCAGCGUGGCAGCUGCUGAGCCCCAGCACGUCACUCUAAUAGUGUUUGGGGUUGGCAUGGUGAGCCGCACGCACCUGGAGGCGGACAUUGGUGGGCUAACCAUGGAGUCAGAGCUGAAGAGGAUCCACGGCAGUUUCACACUGAAGGAAAAAAUGAAAGAUGUUUUACAUCAAAAGAUGACUGAGACAUGUGCCACUGCUCAUAUUGGUGGGGUCAAUAUUGUGCUGCUUGAAGGGAUUACACCAAAUAUACAAACUGUAGUGAAAUGUAGUAUUGCCAAGUCCCAAGCCCUCUACAGUGCCCAGAGGGGGUUGAAGACUAACAAUGCCGCCGUGUUCAAAGUAGGAGCUAUCAGCAUCAACAUUCCCCAGCACCCUGCCACCUUACACAGCAUGAUGGUUCGAAGUUCUCACCAACUAUCUAAGCAGAUCUCAGAUCUCAUCAGACAACCUUCUACAGUCCCACAGCCUGUAAAAGAAGAUAUUGCAACCCCCCUACCUUCUGAAAAAACCCCAACAAGUGUUAAUCAGACUCCUAUUGAAACAAAUGAAUUUCCUCAGCUACCAGAAGGUUUAGAGAAGAAGCCUAUUGUCCUUAAAUUCAGCACCAUGUUAGAUGGUAUAGCCAUUGGAGCAGCACUUUUACCAUCUCUGAAAGCAGAAUACAAGAUGGGAAGAAUGAGAAGUCAUGGAAUGACAGGUGCACAGACCAGGUUUACGUUUGAGCUGCCAAAUCACAGAUUGCGUUUUACUUCAAAAGUUUCUGCCACCGAUAUGUCAACCAUUCCUCCUUCUGCCAGUCUUAACCUUCCUCCUGUUACUAUGUCAGGGAAAUAUAUAAUGGAAGAGCAUGAUAGUUAUUCAGACCAGGUGUGGAGUAUAGAUGAACUGCCUUCUAAACAAGGGUACUAUUUACAGGGAAAUUAUCUACGUUGUGUGGCAGAAGUUGGUUCCUUCGAACAUAAUCUUACAACUGAUCUUCUAAACCACUUGGUAUUUGUACAGAAAGUGUUCAUGAAGGAAGUGAAUGAAGUAAUACAAAAAGUUUCUGGUGGGGAGCAACCUAUUCCUCUUUGGAACGAACAUGAUGGAACAGCGGAUGGAGAUAAGCCUAAAAUUCUACUCUAUUCCCUGAACUUGCAGUUUAAGGGUAUUCAAGUAACGGCCACAACUCCCUCAAUGAGAGCUGUGAGAUUUGAAACUGGAUUGAUUGAACUGGAACUUUCGAACCGACUUCAAACCAAAGCUUCACCAGGAAGUACCAGCUAUCUGAAACUGUUUGGUAAAUGCCAAGUGGAUUUAAAUCUGGCAUUAGGGCAAAUUGUUAAACAUCAGGUUUAUGAGGAAGCUGGUUCUGAUUUUCAUCAGGUUGCCUAUUUUAAAACUAGGAUUGGGUUAAGAAAUGCCCUGCGAGAAGAAAUCAGUGGUUCUUCAGAUAGGGAAGCUGUGCUUAUUACCCUGAAUAGACCAAUUGUUUAUGCACAGCCUGUGGCCUUUGAUAGAGCUGUGCUGUUUUGGCUGAAUUAUAAGGCUGCCUAUGACAAUUGGAAUGAACAACGAAUGGCUUUACAUAAAGAUAUUCAUAUGGCUACAAAGGAAGUGGUAGAUAUGUUGCCUGGUAUCCAGCAAACGUCAGCCCAGGCGUUUGGGACUCUCUUCCUCCAGCUGACUGUGAAUGAUCUGGGAAUUUGCCUGCCUAUCACAAAUACUGCACAGUCUAACCACACUGGAGACCUUGACACUGGUUCUGCUUUAGUACUGACCAUUGAAAGUACUCUCAUCACUGCUUGUUCUUCAGAAUCUCUAGUUAGUAAAGGGCAUUUCAAAAACUUUUGUAUCCGUUUUGCUGAUGGCUUUGAGACAUCAUGGGAUGACUGGAAACCAGAAAUUCGUGGGGACCUAGUGAUGAAUGCCUGUGUAGUUCCAGAUGGUACCUAUGAAGUAUGUUCCAGGACUACAGGACAAGCAGCUGCUGAAAGUAGUAGUGCUGGAACCUGGACACUCAAUGUAUUGUGGAAAAUGUGUGGGAUUGAUGUCCACAUGGAUCCUAACAUUGGCAAAAGACUUAAUGCUCUGGGCAAUACCCUUACAACACUGACAGGAGAGGAGGACAUAGAUGACAUCGCCGAUCUAAAUUCAGUGAACAUAGCUGACCUGUCAGAUGAGGAUGAAGUUGACACUAUGUCUCCCACUAUCCAUACUAGUUCAGAGGGAAGUUCAGUAAGUGGAGAUGGCCACAAGCUCACCUUUGGGCAACGACUUGUAAAUCACCUCCUAGGCCUGAGGCCUCCACAUCAGCGCUAUUCUGUUCCUGCAGAGUAUCUGUGUAACCCAGAGAUGUGGGCCUCCCCUCAGUCUAGCCAGUCCCAUCUGAAAGCAUGCAGAGCUCACUCAUGGGGAAACGAAGCUGUAGAUUAUCGAAGACAAGGAGCAUCUUGUAGCCAGCCAGGAGAACUCAGAGGAAGAAAAAUUAUGAAGCGUAUAGUGGAUAUCAGAGAACUGAAUGAACAGGCCAAAGUAAUAGAUGACCUUAAAAAACUAGGUGCAAGUGAAGGAACCAUAAACCAGGAAAUUCAACGUUAUCAACAAUUAGAAUCUGUUGCUGUGAAUGAUAUUAGAAGAGAUGUCCGUAAAAAAUUACGGAGGUCCAGUAUGCGAGCUGCUUCCCUAAAGGAUAAGUGGGGUUUGGGUUACAAACCAAGUUACAGCCGAUCAAAAAGCAUUUCAGCUUCUGGAAGACCACCUCUUAAGCGAAUGGAAAGGGCAAGUUCUCGAGUAGGUGAAACUGAGGAGCUCCCAGAAAUCCGGGUGGAUGCAGCAUCUCCUGGACCCAGAGUCACUUUCAAUAUCCAAGAUACAUUGAAAGAAAUGGUAUGGGGAAGUACACCACAGUCCAGCUGUCAUGGGGAAGGGUAUUUUCAGUUUCCAGAGGAGACAGAACUGGACCUUUUGUCAGUAACCAUUGAAGGUCCAUCCCAUUACUCCUCAAAUAGUGAAGGAUCAUAUUCCGUGUUCAGUUCUCCCAAAACUCCAGGAGGCCUUUCACCAGGCAUUUCUUUCCAACCUGAGGAGGGCCGACGGGAUGAUAGUUUGUCUUCUACCAGUGAAGAUUCCGAGAAGGAUGAAAAGGACGAAGACCAUGAGAGGGAAAGGUUCUAUAUUUACAGGAAACCCUCACAUACAUCCCGUAAAAAAGCAACAGGCUUUGCUGCUGUUCAUCAGCUAUUUACAGAACGCUGGCCAACAGCCCCAGCCAACAGAAGUCUUAGUGGCACAGCUACAGAGAGAAAUAUUGACUUUGAACUUGAUAUACGAGUUGAAAUUGAUAGUGGAAAAUGUGUGCUCCACCCAACCACCCUUCUACAAGAACAUGAUGAUAUAAGCUUGAGAAGGAGUUAUGAUAGAAGUUCCAGGAGUUUAGAUCAAGAUUCUCCUUCGAAAAAGAAGAAGUUUCAAACUAAUUAUGCUUCCACCACCCAUUUAAUGACUGGCAAGAAAGUGCCAUCAUCUCUACAAACAAAGCCUAGUGACUUAGAAACAACAGUAUUUUACAUUCCUGGAGUUGAUGUAAAGUUGCAUUAUAAUUCCAAGACUCUAAAGACCGAAUCACCUAAUGCCUCCAGAGGAUCUUCCUUGCCAAGAACGCUCUCUAAAGAGUCCAAGCUGUAUGGUAUGAAAGAUAGUGCAACAUCUCCUCCUUCUCCUCCUUUACCUUGCACUGUCCAGAGCAAGACUAACACCUUACUUCCUCCCCAGCCCCCACCUAUUCCCUCAGCCAAAGGAAAAGGAAGUGGAGGAGUAAAAACAGCCAAGUUAUAUGCCUGGGUAGCACUUCAGUCAUUGCCAGAAGAAAUGGUUAUUAGUCCCUGCCUAUUAGACUUUCUGGAAAAGGCUCUGGAAACUAUCCCAAUUACACCAAUUGAAAGGAACUAUACAACUAUCAGCUCACAAGAUGAAGAUAUGGGACAUUUUGAAAUACCAGAUCCUAUGGAAGAAUCAACAACAUCACUAGUAUCAUCUUCAACAUCUGCUUACUCUUCCUUCCCUGUAGAUGUUGUGGUUUACGUACGAGUUCAGCCCUCACAGAUCAAGUUUAGCUGUUUACCAGUGUCAAGAGUAGAAUGCAUGCUAAAGCUGCCAUCCCUGGACUUGGUGUUUUCUUCAAACCGAGGAGAACUGGAGACUUUAGGGGCUACGUAUCCUGCAGAGACUUUAUCCCCUGGAGGUAAUGCUCCUCAGAGUGGAACAAAGACCUCUGCAAGCAAAACUGGAACACCAGGUUUGUCAGGAUUAGGCAGCCCUCUUGGCAGAAGUCGACAUAGUAGUAGUCAGUCAGAUCUGACCAGCUCCAGCAGCAGUUCAUCUGGGCUGAGCUUCACUGCGUGCAUGUCUGACUUUUCCCUUUAUGUAUUUCAUCCAUAUGGAGCAGGGAAACAAAAGACUGCUGUUUCUGGCCUUACACCUGGAUCAGGAGGAUUAGGGAAUGUGGAUGAAGAAGCCACUUCAGUCACUGGUCGAAAAGACUCACUCAGUAUAAAUCUCGAGUUUGUAAAAGUGAGUUUGUCUCGGAUAAGGCGUUCAGGAGGUGCCUCGUUUUUUGAAAGUCAGUCUGUAAGCAAGUCUGCAAGCAAAAUGGACACUACACUAAUAAAUAUAUCUGCUGUUUGUGAUAUAGGGUCUGCUUCCUUUAAAUAUGAUAUGCGCCGCCUCAGUGAAAUUCUGGCAUUUCCAAGAGCUUGGUAUAGGAGGAGUAUUGCAAGACGCCUAUUCCUCGGAGACCAAACUAUAAAUUUGCCAACAUCUGGCCCAGGGACACCGGAUUCCAUUGAAGGUGUAAGCCAACACCUUUCCCCCGAAUCUUCAAGAAAAGCUUACUGCAGGACCUGGGAGCAGCCUAGUCAGUCAGCCUCUUUCACCCACAUGCCUCAGUCACCUAACGUGUUCAAUGAGCAUAUGACAAACAGCACCAUGUCACCAGGGACAGCAGCACAGAGCCUAAAAUCCCCAGCUUCCAUAAGGUCGAGGAGUGUGUCUGAUUCUUCAGUUCCCCAAAGAGAUUCAUUUUCGAAAACAUCAACUCCUUUUAACAAAUCAAACAAAGCAGCAAGCCAACAAGGGACCCCAUGGGAAACACUUGUCGUGUUUGCUAUCAACCUGAAGCAAUUAAACGUUCAAAUGAAUAUGAGUAAUGUAAUGGGAAAUACAACUUGGACAACUAGUGGUUUGAAGAGCCAGGGCCGUCUGUCAGUAGGAAGUAAUCGAGAUCGAGAGAUAAGCAUGUCUGUUGGUCUAGGAAGAUCACAGUUAGAUUCUAAAGGAGGAGUAGUUGGAGGGACUAUAGAUGUCAAUGCUUUGGAGAUGGUUGCUCAUAUUUCUGAACAUCCAAAUCAGCAACCCAGUCACAAAAUUCAGAUUACUAUGGGUUCUACUGAAGCUCGUGUUGAUUACAUGGGCUCAAGUAUUCUCAUGGGUAUCUUCAGUAAUGCUGAUCUCAAGCUUCAGGAUGAAUGGAAAGUAAAUCUGUAUAAUACACUGGAUUCAAGCAUGACCGAUAAAAGUGAAAUUUUUGUCCAUGGAGAUCUGAAGUGGGAUAUUUUCCAAGUAAUGAUAUCAAGAUCAACUACACCAGACCUGAUAAAAAUAGGAAUGAAGCUGCAGGAAUUUUUCACUCAGCAGUUUGACACCAGCAAACGAGCUCUGUCUACCUGGGGACCAGUUCCUUAUCUUCCACCUAAGACAAUGACUAAUAACCUAGAGAAAAGUUCACAAGAACAAUUGCUCGAUGCAGCUCAUCAUCGACAUUGGCCUGGAGUAUUGAAGGUGGUAUCAGGAUGCCACAUAUCCUUAUUUCAGACUCCAUUACCGGAAGAUGGAAUGCAGUUUGGAGGAUCAAUGAGCUUACAUGGAAAUCAUAUGACACUAGCUUGUUUUCAUGGUCCAAAUUUCCGUUCAAAAUCAUGGGCCCUUUUUCACUUAGAGGAACCAAAUAUUGCUUUUUGGACCGAAGCUCAAAAAAUCUGGGAAGAUGGCGCUAGUGAUCAUUCUACAUAUAUUGUACAAACACUGGAUUUUCAUCUGGGCCAUAAUACCAUGGUUACCAAACCAUGCGGUGCUUUGGAAAGUCCUAUGGCAACAAUAACCAAGAUAACAAGGCGUCGCCAUGAAAAUCCACCCCAUGGAGUAGCAAGUGUGAAAGAAUGGUUCAAUUACGUUACAGCCACAAGAAAUGAAGAGCUAAACCUGCUUCGUAAUGUUGAUGCUAAUAACACUGAGAAUAGCACUACAGUGAAGAGUUCUAGUUUGCUGAGUGGAUUCAGAGGAUGUUCUAGCUACAAUCACGAAACAGAGACUAUCUUUGCAUUACCAAGGAUGCAGCUUGACUUUAAAUCUAUUCAUGUUCAAGAACCACAAGAACCUUCAUUACAGAACGCCAGCCUGAAGCCAAAGGUAGAAUGCAGUGUGGUGACAGAGUUCACUGACCACAUUUGUGUGACAAUGGAUGCUGAGCUCAUCAUGUUUCUUCAUGAUUUAGUGUCAGCUUAUCUUAAAGAAAAAGAAAAAGCUAUUUUUCCACCUCGGAUUUUAUCUACUCGACCAGGACAGAAAAGUCCAGUUAUCAUUCAUGACGAAAAUUCCUCUGACAAAGACAGAGAAGAUAGCAUCACUUACACUACUGUGGACUGGAGAGAUUUUAUGUGCAAUACAUGGCAUCUAGAACCCACUCUUAGAUUAAUUUCUUGGACUGGAAGAAAAAUUGAUCCAGUAGGCGUUGAUUAUAUUCUUCAAAAAUUGGGCUUUCAUCAUGCCAGGACUACUAUUCCUAAGUGGCUUCAAAGAGGAGUCAUGGACCCACUGGACAAGGUUCUGUCAGUUCUUAUUAAAAAACUCGGUACUGCACUACAGGAUGAAAAGGAAAAGAAAGGAAAAGAUAAAGAAGAACACUAAAAAUGUAACUUGAUCUGUGAACAAAUUUUGAUUCUGUCCGUUAAGCUUUAUUACACUGGAGUGUUGGGUUUUUUUUUUUUUUUUGUAUAGUAAAAUUAUUUUAAAUAUAACUUUAAAAAAUUCUAAUUUUGUGGCCAUUAUAUUAAAAGUUUGUAAGUUAACCUGUUUAUUCUAGUUCCACCAUUCUGUAUACAGUGAAGUAUUGCAUGAUAAUGUAAAUUUUGUGAAAAACUAGAUUAAAAUAUACACAUCUGCUCAGUAAGGUUUAUAACUGUAUUAUGUGCAAUAUGAUUCCUGCAUCUUUAAAAUAUUUUCAGAAUAACUGUGAAUUUCCUUUGUUAUUGGCCAUAACUUUUAGAAAAAAAUUUUGUUGUUGAUAAUGUGACUUUUUUUAUUUGGACAUUAAUUGCUUUUUCUUUUUUUAAGUGUAGACUUGUAUAAAUACCUAUUUGUAUAUAGU